AAAUUAAUUUCACACAAACUGUGCGAAACUAUACAUUUUACAAAGAAUUUAAUAACAACAAAUUGACGACACCGUUUCAAAUACAUUGAGUAAUACACUUAUUGAAAUAACAUGUUAACCAGUUAAAUGUCUUACCUGGGUUAAAUACCUAUCCUGAGAAAUAAAAUGAAACGAAAGUAUACAGCAAAGUUUAUUUAUAUACUGCCAUGGUGACGUAUGUAUUCUAUUUUUAUCAAUAUCCGGCGAUGAUGGUUCCUGUAUUGUAUAUUUACCGUACGGUCAACUCUAUGGGAAAUAAGAACCAAUAUAACAGCUAAAUUUAGCAGUCACCUGAUGUAAACAAUUUUUGACAUUGCACAACGAAAGGAAUUGUUCGUGAAAUAUCGUAUUUUCGCUGGUUUAUAAAGAGUAUGGCAGGUGUUUCGGGAAGUUCAGCUAACCUGCAAGAGAGUGAGAUAGAAGAGAUCAAAGCGUCGCUUGAAGGUCAAGUUCGAGUCAUUUCAGGAAUUGGUGACUUUACAAAUGUGGUAACGAUCCAUCCAGACGGCCUCGAUCUCCACUGCAAGUUCCAGCUCACUGAAAGCUAUCCUCGCAUUCCACCGACUAUAAGUGUACGAUCUUCUGUACUAAAUGCGGAUCAGACAGCGAGUCUCACAAGCUCCCUUCAGAAUGAUGCUGCUACCAGGCUGGAUCACGUUAUGAUAGCCGAUUUAAUGGCGACUUGUAAAAGAUGGCUACAGGAUAAUCAGGUCGACGUAACAGCAAAAGCUGUUGCUGAAAAAUCCAAAUGCAAGAAAAGGAACGGAAAAUCUAAACACGAAAAUAAACCAAAAUCCGAACAUGAGUCCAUAGAUAAAUCUAGUAAAAAGCCCCCAAUGCGCACUGCAGCAGACGUUAUUAAAAGACUACAGUGGGAUAAAGCAGUUGAUAAGGAAGAUUUCAUCAUAGGAUAUAUGGAUAGAAUAAUUGGACUUGUGGAAAAGAAGUUCACUGCGUUCACAUGGGAAGAUUUAGCUUCUGUUGAUAUCUAUUCACUUGCUAUCCCGCAGCACAGGAUACAGUAUUUCAAGUAUAAGACAGAAAAAGUUUGGGACAAAAAUGAACGCUUAGAUAACGUAUUUGGUUCGACUGGUGGUAAACUAACGCUGGUUGAAGCGGUUAAAAAGUUUGAGGACAAACUGAAAGACCUUGAUGACAGCAAAAUUGGAGGUGAAAAGAAACAAACACCGGAAGUUGACGUCAUUGAAAAUCACGAGGAAGGAGCUUGUGAUGGUGAUUGCGAAGAUGACAUUGAAGUAAAUGACGAGUUUGAAACAGGCCAGGGUUCAACUGAACAGACAGACGUCCAAAAUAAAGAUUCAUUGGCAGCGUCAAGAUCGUAUAAACGCCCAAAUUACUUCGUGGCCUUACAAGUUACGGACAAGACCACAAUUACGAGACUUGUUGAGGCUCAGAAGCAAGUAAUGGCUUGGUAUCCAAGAUACACCGAUCAUAAAAUCCCAGAAAAUGGUUUCCAUUUAACACUAGCUGUUCUUAAACUUGACUCGAUGUCUGACAAACAAGCUUGCGUUGAAGUUAUGAAUCAAGCAAAGGUCGACCUUGAGCGUUUAGCACGAAAUACCGUGCCUUUAAUAUUUCAUGGAGUUGACCAUUUCAGUACAAGGGUAAUUUAUGCAAAAGUGAAAUAUUCGCAAGAGUUUCUUGUGUUAGUCGACAAAAUUAGGAAUGUUUUAGACGAUGCAGGAUUUCAUAUGGAUACAUGUAGUUUUAGGCCACACCUGAGCUUGUUCAAUGUCAGAAGGUCGAUCAAAUGGGAUAACCAGAGCAUAAUGUUGAAUUCUUUUGAUGAUUCGGAUCAAAAGUUCGGUUCACAAGCUAUCGAUAAUGUCCAAAUAUGCCAAAUGGGUACGUUACCGGAAAAAGAAUCAACUGAAUUCUAUCAAAACAUUUUCAGUUUGAAUAUUGACCAAACUGUUUAGAUUCAUAGACAACAAUAUGGUGCAUAAGACUGAAUAUUUCACUUCAUGUUUUCACUCCUGCAACAGCAUUUUACAUUCAGAUAAAUGCCCCAUAACUGAGUCAGUGAUGCACUCAACUUACACCUCGGACAAUUCGUGUAUGAUGUACAUACUUUUAUAUUUUGGUAUUUUAUUAAGGCAAUUAUAAUAAAUAUUUUCUGCUAUGUUAUGUGGUAAGGUAUCUUUAUCUUAUGAACGCACUUUACGACUAAAACAUAUAAUAAAAAGAAUAUUGUAUAUAUUUUUGAUAAAAAUAAUAUUGUAUUUGUAUCUUUCCAUACUGAAUUUAUUAUUUUAAACGAGUUGAAUAAUAUAUACAGGAAUGGUGUAGAAAACAAAAAGGUAAAUAAG